UUCUUCCAAAAUGAAACCAGUUUUAUUCAAAACAUUUUUGCUGUUUUUGUAAUGUUUUCAUUAAAUCUUGUUCCUCAGUUAGAUGAAAUAAGUAAAGACAUACUUUCAUAAUGCUGUGCAAUUUUAACUUGAACUUGGAUGGAAAAUAUUUUUAGACGGUGUGUGGUUAUUCCAGAGCAUUGUGUAAACUGUUAUAUUUAGGAACCUUCCAGAUGAUUCUGUAGCGAAAAUAGUCAGAUUGAAAUUGAACAUUUUUACUCUUUUACUUUGUGAAAUUGAAUUGACUUUUGAAGAUGUCUUUUCCUAGAUCUCAUUUUACUGAUAAGUUUGACGCCGAUUCUGCCAGAGAUAACUUUCCAUUUAAUAGGAAUGCCAAUAGGGACGACUAUUUUAAAUCCACACUUGACAAUUUGGCAAAACGUCAUCCGGAAUUAGCCGAGCAUUUUCAAGAUAUAAAUCAGCGUCCCAGGUCCAGAAGUAGACCGGCAGAGGAGCUUAAAAGUCGAUUUAGAAGACCUUUCGGUGACAAGUUUCCGUUUGAUGACGAAGACGAUUUCGAUAUAGACCCUUCAAAAUACACUCAACAUUUUUAUCCGCAAGAGUUUGAUCAGCCAGACGGUAGAUAUCCACAAACCAGUUUUUAUCAAGAAACUCCCAGAGAAGGCAAAAGUAGUUCUGCUUAUCCGCAAGCAAAUCAAGCUGAAGCUACCCCUGACCCUUCACAAUACACCCAGAAUUUUUAUCCUCAAGAGUUUGAUCAACCAGACGGUAGAUAUCUACAAACCCGUUAUUAUCAAGAAACUCCCAGAGAAGGCCAAAGCAGUUCCGCUUAUCCGCAAGCAAAUCAAGCUGAAGCUACUCCAUCUCCACAGCCAACUCAUCCACAACCAUCCCCACAAACUGAAACAACUGUCCGCCCUCCGCAAAAACCGUGUCCUCAGGAAAAAGAAAGGCCUGGUAUUCAACAAAGUAAUACGGUUGAUUUAGGUCAGAGGCAGGAACCAAUUGAUGACAGAAAUCAAAGAUCUAUGUCAGCACCACCCGUUGGAGAAUCAAAGAAAAGAUAUACUUCUAGCAUAAAUAUUCCAGUUAACGUACCUUCCGAAAACAUGUCUCAAAGUCAACAACCAGAGCAGAAAUCAAAUGAAAGGAUUAUUCCUAUUCAAGUAGAGGGAGUGGAUGGACCAGUCUUCCCAAAAAAUCCUAACAUACCUCCCCCACAGUCGCAUCCCAUGCCAGACAGAUUUGGACAUCGACCAGAACCUUUUCCAAGAGGUUUUCAAGAUGAACAUUUCACUCGGCAAAAUAUACCUCAUAAUUUCCAGCAGUACCAUCCACAACAUCCAUCACAACCACAAUAUUAUCAACAUCCUAAAGAAGAUAUUCCUAUUCCUGUACAAAGAGAAAACUUUGAGAGGAAGCAACAACCUCAGCAGCAUCAACAACAGCAGCAUCAACAAGAGCCGCAACAGCAGCAGCACCACCAACAACAGCAGCAGCACCAUCAACAACCGCAGCAUCAUCAACAGCCGCAGCACCACCAACAGCCGCAGCAUCAUCAACAGCCGCAGCACCAUCAACAGCCGCAGCACCAUCAACAGCCGCAGCAACCUUACCAACAACCUCCACCUUCCCAACAACAGCAACCAAUACCACAAGCAACGGAAGAGGAAGAAGCUAAACCUGCUUCUCAGGAUCGCAAACCUACUCCCAUAGAGCAAAUUCAAGAAAUCCAAAAGGAUGUUUCCAGUUUAAUGGAACAGGUUGAAAAGUUUGCAGGGAAAUCUAGAGAUAAGCAGUAUCUAUAUUUAGACGAAAUGUUGACUAGAAAUCUAAUUAAAUUAGAUAAUAUAGAUACUCAAGGACAAGACACUAUCCGUCAGGCCAGAAAAGAAGCGAUUAAAUGUAUACAGCAAGCUAUUGCUCUAUUAGAAAGUAAAGCGUCGAAGGAAGAAAAAAUGGAUGUAGAUCAAAAAGUUGCUGGUGGGGAAACAAAAGAGACCAACAAACCAGAAGAAAAAAGCGAAGUAUCAAACGAACAAAAGAAUGUCGAGGAAACUAAAAAUAUGGAAGUUACUGAGAACUCUCAACCUGACCAGUUACCAGUGAAUCCUACCAGUGAAUCGGAAACUAACGCAUCUGCUAAAGAAGAAACAGCUGCCCCAGUUUCCAAAGAAUCUGCUGUUGCCGAAGUAGCUUCAGUAGAUAAUAAAGAAAGCAAAGAUGCAGCAGAGAGCGACAAGGAAAAAAAGGGAAAGAAAACAUAAUGUAAUAUAUUUUAAACAUUUCUAUAGGCAGUAUAAUACUAGUCAGUAGUACAACUCAAAAUGGUUUUGGUAAUAUAGACCAGUCAUCAGCGGUAAAAAACUGUAAAAAACCCGUGGAAUUUUGAGAAUCAACACCGAUUUUAAUGAAAAUUUUUAUUUAAGCUCGGUUGACCCUCUUCUUCAAAAUCUACCCCAUGCCGAAACGGGCUUUUGUCCUGGGGGUAAAAAUAACUCCAUCUAGGGGAUAACAAUUUUUUCAAUCAAAAUAACUGCGGAAGUCGAUAGAUUGACCAACUUUCAAAUUGCACCACAUUCGAGUUAUUUGAGAUUGAAGGUUCUCCAUUUCGAGGUUCUUCGAAAAUAACUCCUUUAAAGAGCAAUAACUCCGUCGUUAUUGGAUUUACCUAGGUCUUUCCGACGCGAAUUUCUUUGUUUUUUUAUUAGCUACAUUUUUUUUAUAAAGAUUUUUUCUAUAAAAUUAAAAGUUAUUCGUGAAAAACAGUUAUAAAACGUGAGUUUUUUCAAUGAAAAAUGCAUAGUUUCAAUCGCAAAUAACUUGGAAAGUAUCAACUUUGCAAAAAAAAUUUAUAGAACAAAAUUUACUCAGAAUUGGUCAGUUUAUCGACUUCCAUAGUUAUUUUGAUUGAGAAAAAAUUUCAUCCCCUAGAUGUUUUCACCCCCAUAACAAAAGCCCGCUUCGGCGUAGGGUAGAUUUUGACAAAGGUUAUAAAUACUACCUAAAUUCAAAUUUUCAAGGAAAUCGACCUUGUUUCUCAAAAUUCCACGAGAAAGUGGCUGUUGAUUUGACUAAUAUUGCGCAGAGUUUUUUUACCAAAACUGUAAACAUUUCGUCCAUUUUGUACUUUGGUUCUCUUUUGAAAUACUCUUGGAACCAAUUAGAUUUUCUUUUUUAUUUUAAUGAAUCUCCUUAGUAUAUUAUGUCUUAUUCUUAAUAAUCUCUUAUAUCAAAAAAGUUAGAUUAAUGUUCUUAUAAUAUCUAGUUCUUGGCUUAAUAUUGCUAGUAUUUUAUGUUUAAUAUAUUCAUUGCGAUUUUUUAAAUAACGCUACAACUUUUCUACAAGGAAACUGCCUAAAUAUUGGCAAUUAUAGGUUAAAUUUAGUCGAUUUUAGUAAUUUUAAACAGUCUUAUCAUGGAAAUAACCGAAAGGCAUUUCCAUAAUUUCAUUUAUAUCUUACCAAGAAAACGUAAUUUCAGAACUGCAUCCUGGCAAGAAAAAUAAUUAUCAAUUAUUCACAUUUGUAACUAAGGCAGGGUCUUUAAUAAACGCCGUACGUGACUAGCAUUACGCCAUACGUGGAGUCUGUAUGCUUUAUAUUAUGUAUAAUAAAUAGAGAGCGGAAUAUAUGCAACACAACAUUACCAAAAUAUGCGCAUAUAUAUGCAUUACUUUUACUACAAAUAUGCAGGUAUUUUUUCUAAAUUUGUCUAAAUAUGCAAAUCGAUGGCUUAACUUCCAAAUCGGCUAACUCCAUUUUAUCGGUAAGUAGUUUUAAUGAAAUAAUAUAACUUUUGUGAGAAAUAUCAUAGUUAUAACAUAAUAUGUUGAGGAUGGAGUUGUCCAUUAUUAACGUAACUAUUUACUAUGUGAAUUGAGGAGUUACCCAAUAUACCAAUUCUGUGAUUUUAAGAAGUUUUGUUGUGUUCCUGUAAAGUUUUAAAAAACGGAGUUAGCCGCUGUGCAAGUUAAGCCAUCGAAAUGCAUAUUAAAAGUCCUCAAAAAUAAAACAAUAUAUUAAAUAUAAACAUUUAUAAAAUAAAAAUGUAUACCAUUUUUAUUCAGUUGCAAUGCGAAGGCAAAACAAUCUUACUUUUCAGUUAGAAUACGGAGUGCAGUCCAGUCCCUUGAAUCGCGAUUUUCGGCUCUUAAUGGAGCCUCAUCGGAAAGAACGUAGGCACUGUUCUCCAUAUUUUAACUGAUUCGCAUCGAGAGCUUUUCCCACCCAUUGCAACUGAAGUGAUGAUAGUAGGUGGCUAGCGCCAUAUGGCAUUGAAAGACGAAGUAGUUUUCAAUCCUAAUAGUAAAUUAUUAAUAUUGAAAAUAUUAAAAAUAUUACUAAAAGAUUUUUAAAUUGAAAACUUAUUAAACAUUUAUGUUUAAAAAAUUCAACCUACAUUUAUGUUUAAUACAUAUUUAUUUUUCACAUAAAAACAAAUGAAAUGACACACAAAAACUGAUAUUAUAAUUAAAUUAAGAAUCUAAAUUAUAGUAUGAAUUUAUAAUCAAAUAUUUUUCAAAAUUUUCAACUAGCAACUUUUGCCUUCUAUCACUAAAAACGUGUUUGGACACAGAAAAAGUUCGUUCUACAUCUAUUGAUGUUAUAGGACAAUAUUUUAAUUUAGGCAGUAAACUAAUUUGCCAAGUCGUAAGAUCUUCAGAAAAGUUGCCUUCAAAAAUACGUACAACUUUCCUCAAACAAUCGAAGCCCUCAUUUUUUUCUAAAACAUUUUUUAAUUUAUUUCUAAUUGCAAUCCCUGUAUUUCCGGGAAUUUUUUGACAAUGAGCAGAAAAAGUGUUAACAAGAUUAACCGAAUCACUUAAUUGUAAAUUCCUUUAAAAAUUCCUCAUUUAAAAAAUAAAAUGUGAAAAUGAAUGUAACUUACGAUUUUGGAACAGGCCUUGCAAAAUACUUUGUCUCCACUUAGCUUUAACUCGGGAAAACACUUUAUCCAAGCACUUUUUUGAAUGGUAGACAUAUUUAAAUUUAAUAUAUACCAAUCACUUCAAAAACACUAAAUACGAUACAACGUUUACUUUAAACAAAUGUUGGCCGGAAACUGACAAAAUAAAUAUUAGACCCUUAAAAGCAGGUAGGUACCUACGACUUGCUACGCUAAUAAAAUAAUAUUUUUCUGGGAACACCCAUAAUUGUUAAAUUCAGGCAGUAAUGGGAAAGUCCAGAUAGAUAAUAAUGAGCGAUAGAUAGAUAAAUAAUGAGCUCGUUCAUAUCGAAGUUAUAAAAUUCCAACUAAGAGGAAAAUUUUAAACUUUUAUAUAAUUUAUUUUUAAAAUAUGCAAAAUAAAUCGUGUUUAGCUUAAAUAUGCAAUGUUGUGUUUGCAAUAUGCAUCUAUAUGCACUUUGCAUAUAUUCCGCUCUCUAAUAAUAAAUAAUGGUUGCGGUCUCUUACAAGCAUAUAGACGCGACGUAACGCUAUACGCGGCGUACGGCUUCUGGAGACCACCGCCUUAUAUUCGAAAUCCUCUUAUAGAGGGUGUUCAAAAUUCGCUCCACAGUAAUAUAAGUAGUGAAACCCAAUGAAAUAUAUUCGAUGUAGAAAUUUAUUCAAUCAUUUUAAGACUUAAAAAAAUUUUUUUUGAAAAACAAUUCACCGUCGGUUCUUGGACGAUUUUAAACAAUUGCUUUCGCUGCACUCCACAAAAAGUUAGUCAGUGAUAGUUCAGAGUCCUUGUUCAAUUAUGCUAUCGCCAAAGUCAUAUGCAGACAGUGUCAUUGGUUAUGAGCAGUUGCACCUUCUUGUUUAGAUGAAGUGGUUCCACAUAAAUAUGUAAUUGAUUUACAGUGAUCCACAAUAACUCCACAGUAUAUAUUUAGGUACCGUACCUGGAUAAAUAGAAAGACGCUUUAUGUAUGGCAAACGUUUCAUUACGAAUAUCCAUUCCAUUUUGUUGAAUGAAAUUAUUGAGCCAUUCACUCUACUGCAUUCUUUUGCCGUGAUCAGUAAGUUUUUAUUCUUACACGACUGUCACUUUUUGGGAAUAGUUACUAUAUUUUCCUAUAUACAGCAGUGUGGGAUAUUCCAACACUAACAACAGUGUCCUGCACGAUUUUUAUCAUUGACUUAUUUGGACUUAGGACCACCAAUUAUUCUUGCGUACAUCUGCUCGUAUUUCUAAAUGUAUCAUCAGUCAAAUCUUGCACUGAGUUUAUGUAUUUUACCAGUGCUAAAACGAACAAAACCAAGGAACUAACAUGAAUUUUUCGCGUUAAUGUGUAAACAUCAGGAAAUACUGACUGGCUGAGAAACGAAACUGUGCUACUGCGGAGCGACUUUUUGAAUGCACUGUAGAACACUAAAUAUUUGUUUUGAUUCUUCUUUAGUCUUAAAAAAAUUUCAAGGGAAUGCAAUUCAGGUUGUUGCAGAAUGCAAAAGAAAGAUUAGAAAUGUCAAUUGAGAAGGUGCGUUUAUCUUUACAGUAUUAAGUUCAUUUUAAUUCAAUGUAUUCACUGUAUUCGAUGGUAUUUUCUUCUCGUCCAUAUAGCAAAACUAGCGUUUUGUUCUGCAGAAUGCAUUACUGUUAAUCAAGAGAAACGUUCAAAUUAAAAAAUUGUUUUCCAAAUAUGUUUUAAAACUCGAGUAAUAUUAAUUUCUUUUUCAUGUCUUAGCCCUUGGACCUUUUUUUGUCAGAUUUGAAGGCUGAAAAUUAUAAAUGUUUUCCCAUAGUAUGCACACGAAAUCAAAAUAAUAAAGAUCCAUGACAAUAUAUCUGACAACUUAUAACAAAUGUUUCCAGUUUGGCUAUGGUUUGUAGGAAGUCGUUAUUCUCUUGUAAGUUAUGUAUUAUGUAAAUGAUCUUGCCAAGAUAGGUCCACAUGUCGAAAUCUCCAAGUAAUUUAGUUAACUAACUUUUUAUUUUAAAAUGUAUAUCCCAUUAAUAUAUCAGACGUAAUAUUUCAGACCUCGAGUGGAUGCAGAUAUACCAAUAUUGAGUUCCUUAUCACAAAUCAUGGGAAACAUUUAAGACAACUAAAUACUCAGUCUGCUCUUUCCAGAAUAUCUUUAUUUGCAGAGCUAAAAUGUUUUUACACUUUGACAUUAUUCCUAACACGUCGCACUUUUGGUAAAACACUGACACAAGUCCAAAUUUUUCAGAAAUUGAGUUAUCAACACUACGAUAUUCCUAACAGUCCUAACACCCAUAUUUGUCUGGGGAAACAAAGUCAGAAUUGUAACUCUUCCCUAUUGAGCUAGAUGACGAGUAUAUCGUUGAAUUUCCGUUUUAUCUGCUCUAUUGGUGCAACAAAGUCAGAUUGUCAGUUGUGCGUGAUACGACAUUAAUAUGCAAUGAUAAAAUUAUGAAAUUUUCGGAGAAACAAUGAUAUAUUUGCUAGUUUUUGGAGAAACAAUAACAUAUUUGCUCCUAAUUCAGGAGGCUCUAAGAGGGGAUGUUUAAGAAAAAUCCUAAAAAACUUUAUAUAUUAUAGUAUCCGGUAAUAACUAAAACCGUGGACAAUAAAUUUCUACUUUAUCGUGUAAUUUGCAUCUCAUUUUUGGCCUUAACUAACUUUUAAAACUUCAUAUGCGUUUUCUCAACAAUUAACUUUGCACUUAAGUAUUUGUUUUCCCAAAUCGUGUCCCAAUGUUAUUAUCAGUUUUAAUUUUGGAGGGUAUGAUAUUCAUUCUUUAGAAUCCUGUUUCUUACCGAAUACUUGCUAAUUCCUUUUUCCAAGUGAUUUUAAAUUAAUUCCGCGCUUAAAUGCUGUAGAAAAAUAGACAAAUGUGCACUUUUUCAAACAGUUAUCAUGUGCAAAAUACGUCUUUCAUGCCGCGAUUGCCCUGAAAACUGUGACAGUUACAUACAGUUGAGUCCGCGAGUCUUUACCCGUGCGUAAUCAUUUAAAGCAUACGAAACAAGUCGAUGAUAAAACGGAAAUUGAAAUUUACUAAACGCAACAGCAAGCGACAGUAAGUCACUAGUUUGUUGCGUUUAGUAAAUUUCAAUUUCCGACUUAUCAUCGACUUAUUUCCUAUGUUUUAAAUGAUGACGCACGGGUAAAGACUCGCGGACUCAACUGUAAACAUUAAAUUGAGUAGGAUUAUUCACUAACAUUUGGAAUUGAGAGACUGAGCAUAAAUAUGGUAUAUCGUUGGAGUUACCUACUGAUGACGUAUUAUGUUGUGACAAAUGCUUUGUAUUAACAACAGUAAUGCUUUCACGAAAUAUUUUACUACAUAUUUAGUGAGACUGAAUUACUUUGUAGCUCUAACUACAUUAUAUUUACAGUCAGUUUGAAUUCGUAUAAUUUUAACAUCAUUGUACAUAAUUUUAUUCUAGGGACAGCACAUUGACUGUGAUUGUUUAGAUUUCUUGUGUUUUAAUUUUUUGCCUUUGUAUAUAAAUUGUACAACUAUUUAAGAUUGUACUCAUUAACUUGUUAAUAAAAAGUUGAUUUUUCCUAAA